CUUCACACCUUGUGCACUCGCAUUCUGGAUACCCUGAAGAGGCCUCGCUGGGUUAUUGUCAGUCUGACGGAACGUAUUGUGCUAGAUCAGCGCUGCAUCGCCAGCUCCGACCCUUCCACGCUCGGACACGUAUCACUUCCAGCGCACGGGAAGCCAAACACCUUGAUCCCCGUGUCAAGGCGUACUGUUGAGCGCUUCUAACUCGAUGGAGACGCUGGGACCGUGAGACUGGAUUCGACUUGGAAUCCUCACAUUUAUCUCGCAAUGGUCGCGACUCGGUCCAAGCUGUCCAUGUCACUGGAGAUUGAGGAUCUACCCCCGGAAGCAGACACGGCAUCCCCCACAGCGGUCUUCCAACAUUCCCCAACGUCUCCAGAACUAAAGGUUGAACGCGAGCCUGGAUGUCAACCCGAUGAAGUGUAUGAACGAUUGCUACCAAAAUGGAGAGGGUGGAUCAGGAGACAUCUGGUCAAGCAGCUGAGGGAGGAGCAAAAAUGGAUGCCGGAUUGGCAGAAGAGAGUCAGGACAGAGAAGAGAGACAAGUAUUUCUACUGGAGUGCAUUGUUUGGGACGCACACGUUCUUCAUGACGGGUCUGCCCAUGCUGUUUUUCUUUGGACAGCCGCGAAUGGGCAGAGACCUCCUUCACGUCGUCGGUCUGGGCAUCUACUUUUCCUCCGUUGCCAAAGAUCUAGUUUGUUCGCCUCGACCAUACAGUCCUCCAGUAAUCCGAAUCAGCAUGAGUACUCAUGCCCAUGAGUACGGGUUCCCCUCGUCACACUCCACGAAUUCCGUCAGUACCGCUCUCUUACUUGGACAGUGGAUCUAUCAAUCCAGAUCAUGGCUCGGAAUGCCGGCAGUGUUGGGCAGCUGGUGUUUUCUGGCGCUGUAUGCCUGCAGUAUCGUUGGCGGACGAGUCUACACAGGCAUGCAUUCAUUAUCCGAUAUUCUCGGAGGUAUCGUCCUUGGAAUAGGCUGUUGGGCAGGAUGGCUCCUGGCAGGGGACCACUACGAGGCGUGGCUCAGCACGGGAUCCUCAUCAGUCCCCAUGUUUCUCAUCCCUCUCUCCCUCUUUCUCAUUCACGUCCACCCUGAACCGGUCGAAGAUUGCCCAUGUUUCGAAGACUCGAUCGCUAUCAUCUCAGUCAUCCUUGGCGUCUCACUUGGAGCCUGGAAAAUGCCCGGGUUGCCAAUCAGAGAUAUCACAACCUAUUCGCCUCUGGAACAGGGCGUUAUAUCAGUGAUGCGGAUCACCGUUGGUAUCGGUCUCAUGUUCGCAUGGCGUAUCGUCAUGAAGUCGAUCCUUCUGACGAUCCUCCCUCCAAUCUUCCGAUUCUUUUCCAACGCGUUCGACUUUACCCUGCCCACCCGGCGGUUCUAUACUGCUGCGACAGACUAUCAUGAAGUCCCAUCGUCCCCCCUCAGACCCAUCCCUUCCUUCGUCAACCUUCAUCGCAGUCCCGCAUUCGACUCGCCAGACAACACGCCUCUAUCCAGUGGUACCGUCUCGCCUAUCACUGGACGACGAGGCUCCAACAAUCUCCAAGUGCCUCUCAACAGCCUGCAUCACCGUGGCAAGAAUGUUAAUGGUGUCAAGCGAUCUGGCAGUGGAGAUUCCGCUUCGAGCGUCGGAAGUCUGACGCCCGACGUUUGGAUCUCGAAGCGGAAACGGAAGAGUCGCUUGGAAAGGGCACACUACGACGCAGAGGUAUUGACGAAAUUUGGAGUCUACUCUGGUAUGGGUCUCUUGGCUGGAACAUUGGUGGAGCUGUUCUUUGCUUUGGUUGAACGAGGUGUCUUUGGGCAGUGAUGCCAUGACCAUUUCGCCUCCGAGCCUUGCGCAUUCAUGGUGACCAUGGUGACGAGGUAUUGACAGAUUCAAUUUUUUCACGUCUGACACUAGUGUGAACGUACUGAAAAAGAUGUGAAAAUAGUUCUUAAUUCGUUUCUGAGCGAAAUGUCGGUACGGCUUGACCCCAAACUCUUCAACGUGACUAUCAAUUUCUUGGAGUCUCAGUCGGUAUGAAGACAUUAUGUACGCAAGACU